AUGGUGAAGAAUGGUCAUCAUGGCGGUUCCAAAGCGUUGGGUAAACUAUUUCAGUUUUAUCUGCCGGCGAAAACUCAUCGCACCUACUCAUGUCUUCAUUGCCGAGUUCAAUUAGCGAGCCAUGAUGAACUCAUUUCGAAAUCAUUUCAAGGCAGUCAAGGUCGCGCAUACCUAUUCAAUUCCGUUGUUAAUGUAAAUACCAGUGCUGCCGAAGAACGCGUAUUGCUCACAGGUCUUCAUGAAGUCGCUGAUGUAUAUUGUGAUUGCUGCAAAACGUUACUUGGCUGGAAAUAUGAACAUGCAUUCGAAUCAAGCCAGAAGUAUAAGGAAGGAAAAUACAUUAUCGAACUUGUACAUAUGAUCAAGGAUAAUGGUUGGGAUGAUGAAAACAUCGAUAAGACAACGUAUUUAAAGAAAUAA